GCCGGAGCAGCGCUCGUCCUGUAAUCGAUUGCCGAGCGCGCUGAGCAGCCCAGCCGGCGCGGAGGCGCACUCCCGGCGGCCUCCCCGGCGCAGGGCGCCUCUGAGAGCGGCCGCCUGGGCGAGAUGUGCUCCGGCGGGGGGGGUGCGCGCGCGAGGGUGUCUCGGCCGGAUCGGUUUCUCGGGGUUUGACCAGCUGUCCCGGGCUAGCCCUGCGCGCUGAAGAUGGAGGAAGUCAGAGCAGGAUUACCCUUAGCGACAGACCCGCCGCUUGCGGUUCCCACAGCCCGCUGCAGUGCCCAAACACACAAGCACUAGGCACAGAGAGCAAGGGCGAGGAGACACUAAUAAAAACACAACACACAAGGGUGAUGGAAGUGAGGCACUGCAUGCGCUGCUGAGCACUGCACUUUGACUAUGGAAGCAGAGGCUACUGAUGGAUAUAUAACAUGUGACAAUGAGCUUUCGCCCGAAAGGGAGCACUCCAACAUGGCUAUUGACCUCACUUCAAGCACACCCAAUGGGCAGCAUAUCUCACCGAGUCACAUGACAAGCACAAAUUCAGUAAAGCUAGAAAUGCAAAGCGAUGAGGAGUCUGACAGGAAACCCCUAAGCCGUGAAGAUGAGAUCAGGGGUCAUGAUGAAGGAAGCAGCUUGGAAGAACCUCUCUCUGAGAACAGCGAGAUGGCGGACAACAGAAAGAUCCAGGAGCUGUCAGGCGAGGGAGGAAUCCGGCUUCCGAAUGGUAAACUGAAAUGUGACGUCUGUGGCAUGGUUUGCAUUGGGCCCAAUGUGCUUAUGGUACAUAAAAGGAGCCACACUGGUGAGCGCCCCUUCCAUUGUAACCAGUGUGGAGCUUCUUUUACGCAGAAGGGGAACCUGCUGAGGCACAUCAAGUUGCACUCUGGGGAAAAACCGUUCAAAUGUCCCUUCUGCAGCUAUGCCUGCCGGAGAAGGGACGCCCUCACAGGACACCUCAGGACGCACUCUGUGGGUAAGCCUCACAAGUGUAACUACUGCGGCCGGAGCUACAAACAGCGCAGUUCACUGGAGGAACACAAGGAACGCUGCCACAACUAUCUUCAGAAUGUCAGUAUGGAGGCUGCUGGGCAGGUCAUGAGUCACCAUGUACCUCCUAUGGAAGAUGGUAAGGAACAAGAGCCUGGGAUGGACAACAAUAUUUCUCUGGUGCCUUUUGAGAGACCUGCUGUUAUAGAGAAGCUGACAAGCAACAUGGGAAAGCGUAAAAGCUCCACCCCACAGAAGUUUGUGGGUGAAAAGAUCAUGAGAUUUGGCUAUCCAGAUAUUCACUUUGAUAUGAACUUAACCUAUGAGAAAGAGGCUGAACUGAUGCAGUCUCACAUGAUGGACCAAGCCAUCAACAAUGCAAUCAACUACCUUGGAGCUGACGCACUUCACCCCCUGAUGCACCACACACCAAGCACAAUUGCAGAGGUGGCCCCGGUCAUCAGCUCAGCUUAUGCUCAGGUCUAUCAUCCUAACAGGAUAGAAAGGCCCAUUAGCAGGGAAACAGCUGACAGUCAUGAAAACAACAUGGAUGGCCCUAUCUCCCUCAUCAGACCAAAGAGUCGACCCCAGGAAAGAGAGGCCUCCCCCAGCAAUAGCUGCCUGGAUUCUACUGACUCGGAGAGCAGCCAUGAAGACCGCCAGUCCUACCAAGGAAACCCUGCCUUAAAUCCCAAGAGGAAGCAAAGCCCAGCUUACAUGAAGGAGGACACCAAGGCUUUGGAUGCCACAAAGGCUUCUAAGGGCUCUUUAAAGGAUAUCUAUAAGGUCUUCAAUGGAGAAGGGGAGCAGAUUAGGGCCUUUAAAUGUGAGCACUGUCGAGUUCUAUUCCUAGACCACGUCAUGUACACCAUCCACAUGGGUUGUCAUGGUUACCGGGACCCAUUAGAAUGCAACAUUUGUGGGUAUCGAAGCCAGGACCGCUAUGAGUUCUCAUCGCACAUUGUUCGAGGGGAGCACACAUUCCACUAGGCCUUCUCAUCCAAAGGGGACUCUUAUGAAGUAGAAGAACUGCACAUGAAGAAGUACUGCACUUACAAUCCCACUUUUCAUUGACCCACCUUUUUGUUGUUGUUGUUGUUUGUUGCUGUUGUUUAAUUAUUAUUAUUAACCUUAUUGUAUGGACCCAACGUCAGUCUCUCUGCCCAGUUUAAGAAUGGAAGGAAGGAAGGGAAGGGAUGAGAGAGUUUUGUGUUGUUGCUGUCAUUCUGUUUUGGUGAUCUGUCUUGCAUAUUUUGUGGGAAUUGAAAGGCAGUCCAUUUCUGUCACAGUUAGCUGUACAUCAUGUCAUAUGUUGGAUAUCGCUCAACUCUGGUAGGUGCUUUAAAGUCAUAAUGAGUUGCCAUCCAAUUGUAGAUUAAUAAUUUCAGGCAAAUAGGUAGAAACAUUUCAGAGGAAAGCCCUUUCAAAUGUAUAGCUAUGGUGGGGAAGAUGGGGGGAGUGGACAGUUGUAUUCUACAGAAUGAACAAUUAUUUUAAAGCAAAACUCUUUUAUUUUAGGGAUUUAGGAGCACGAAUCAAAGUCAAUAUUCCUUGCAAAAUUACUUCCAUGGGUGAGCUAUGUCCAUGGCUUCUGUGUUUACUUCCCCUGUGGAAUGUGUAGAACAUGUAUGUAACACUGUACCAUAUAACAAGAGUUUAGUUUCAUAAGUCUUGGGACCUCCUGUGGUAAGUUUGAGGUUCUGUGAUGUUAUUUUACUUAACUUAUGAAGCACGUUUUUAGAAUUGCUGAUUUGCUAUUAUUCCAUCAUUGUGUUGACUCACUGGCUUCUUAUAGACCUCCUAGUAUCCAUACCUAGUUAGUGGCACCAUGUGUUUUUAAGAAACAGCAUUUACAAAUAACACUUUACCUAGCUUCUAGGGCAGUUGAUAUCCUAGGAGUGAAUACAAAUUCUGCAGUUUACUCAAGAGGUUCUGCUGCUGUGAGCUCCAUUGACUUCAGUGGAAUACUCUGAGCUACACCAGCUUAGGAUCUGGCCCUAGCUAGCCACCUCUCCAGUGAAUCCUUUGCUUUGUGAUUUGUUGAAUCAGUGACUACCUAGUAUCCUUAAUUCCUCUUUAUUUUUUGGAUAGAAGCCCUUGCAGAUUUUGAUGCACACCCUCUGCUCUAGGAGGUGUGAAAGCCAUGCAGAAAAAGAAUUGCUAAUUUGAUUUGAUAUCACUUCACGCUUUAGGAAAAUGGGUACAUGAGCUAAAGGCACUAAGGUUAGUUUGAUUUAGUAUUAUUGACACUUACUAAUUUCACUGCAGGGGGAAAAAAAAGCUGAUGUGAUCAGGCCGUUUAGGUACAGACCAAACAAGAACAAUGCAAACUCUCUUUUUUUCCUUUUCUUUUUCUGACAAUGCAAGACAGAAGCCCCAGACAAAAUCCUGUAGGUUGAGUUGAUUGCUCUACAAAAAGUAAGCUUAAACCCAACAUGAAACCCAACUCUUUUUAUAUCAAUCAUUAUUGAAAGUGAACUGCAAAAAUAGAGCUUUAACCUGGAAACAUUUGCACAAGUGCGUAGCCAUUUUCCACGUGGGUACCUUGGUUGAGUUCAAUGAGAACUUUUCACAUGCGUAAAGUUACUUAAGUGCAUACGCAAUUGCAAGAUGAGGCCAUAAUGAAUCCCCAUUUGCUCGUUUCAGUCUGUUUUUCUUAUCUUGCCAGACCUGCAGCAUUAGAAAGUAGGAGCUGAGUGGUAUUGAUUGAAAUCUUUUUAUGGCGACACACUUGGCAGUUAGAACCUGUGUUUAGAAAGGAUACAGUAGAUCAUGGCCAGAUUACCUGAUGACUGUUUCCCGGCACUGAAAUGCUAUUAAGUAGGAGCUGGUAAAGUUUAGCAGUAGCCUAUUAAUUAUAAUACAGUAUGGAUAGAAUUGUCCCCUUAUGUAAUGUGAGAGCUAUCAAGGAUGGGAAAGAAUGGACUUUGAAGAGACAGAUACAAAGAGCUGGUUCCAGCAUUGUCCUUGACAUCUUUUUUUCUUCUGCCCAUAUUAAUUUUGAUACAGAUAAAGCUCAGGCAAGACUAGCUGCCCCUAUUUCUCUCAUUCUCUUGUGCCUGGCACAAUCAGAGUAGCUAAUAUCCUGGUCAUGACCACUGAACUCUUUCUUUGACUCCAAGGUUAGUUAUUAAAGGGUAUACAUUCUCCUCUAUUAAUGGGAAAAGAAGGGAACUGCAAUCAGCCAGGGGAUGUGGAAUAGGAUAGCAGUUCCUCCUCUGCCCCACCUUUGCUCUGUAGGGCUGAUUCUCUGUGGCUGUUGAGGUUGUGCGCUAGGAACAGAACUGAGAGAUGGCUGUAUUCUGUGACAUCUUCCCCAUGAAAACCCAUGGGGAUUACCUUGCUGGAGAUGGCAGUGAUCAAGUUAGCAUUGUGUCCUCUGGGUUCCCCCUUCACACUCUGAAAACCCCACUGUCUGGGCUGGGGGUGCAGGGGCACGGUUUGGGCACAACCACAAUGGCAUAGCUCCAGAAGCAGCCAUGUUCCCAUUGUGGAGAGGGAGGAAUAGGAAGCAGUGCAUUGACAAAGGUAUUAUAUGUGGUUGUCCCCACUCUUUGCCCAUAACCUGAGAUCCAUGUGAUUUCUCUCAUGACGUGACCUGUCCCUUGCCUCCUCUGUAGAAUCAUAGAAUAGAAUAGAAUCAUAGAAUAUUAUCAGGGUUGGAAGGGACCUCAGGAGGUUAUCUAGUCCAACCCCCUGCUCAAAGCAGGACCAAUCCCCAAUUUUUUGCCCCAGAUCUCUAAAUGGCCCCCUCAAGGAUUGAACUCACAACCCUGGGUUUAGCAGGCCAAAGGUCAAAUCACUGAGCUAUCCCUCUCACCCAUCCCCAAAGUGACAAUUGGGAUGUUCCCUGAAUGGUUUCCUGGCCCCAUGUGGAUUUUCCCUAGCUGUGGCGUGGUCUCCUCUCUUUUAAAAGGUGAUCGUAAAUUCUGCCCAACCAUGACAGCUGCUUGAAGAACAAUCUGUAAAAUAAAAAGUUCUCGAAGUCGCUGGCCCCGUGCUGGGGGCAGUGUGGAGCAUGGAAAGGCGUUGAGAAAUGGCCUGCCUGAGCUGGCAAGAACGGAGGAUGUCAAGCCCAUUGCUGCACCUCUAAGGGAGUACAAACUGUGGUUGCUUCUGUAGCCAGGGUGACAGUGGGCUCCUUGGGAUAGCUAGCACAAGGGCAUAGGAGUGGGAAAGGAGUGGGAAGAUCCCUUUGUGUACGCACCCAGGAGCUGGCCAUAGUCUGACCCAGCGUGAGCUAGUACACUUCUUAAUUGAUGAUGCAUUCUCCACAGCUCAGUGUGUCUCUUGUCCCUUUCAGUGACCUUAACCCUUUUUUUUCCUCUUUGCAGUCAAUGCAGUUUAUAGGGUGCUAUUCAAGAAUCACUUGGCAGGUCAGUGCAGCUCUGUGAGAUCAACCCUGAGUCCUGCCAUUUUAGAAGCUGUCACAGGGAGAAGUGCAUAUUGGCAGGAACACCCCGUGACAUAGCACUAGCCCCUAAUACCACAGACACGCACAGAGAACAUCUUUGUCAUACUGGGGUUGUGCAGGAGUGACAGCAUAAUUUUAGUCAUCACCUUUUGAUAGUUGCAAUUCCUGUCUAGAUCAAAACCGCGGGGGGUGGGGGGAACACAAUAUGUAUUGUCAUUUUUUCUUAAAACUCACUGUUGUUUUUCAUCUCUUCAGGGUGCUUUUAGGGGGAAUGGUUUACUCAAAACUUGAACUGAACUUAAAGGUUUGGGCUAAAUCUUAUUUUAGCAUAAUCAGCAAAUGCAUGUCUAUGGGGGAUUACAGUAAAAAGAGUAGUACGCAGUCGAUAAUGUAGGCUCCAGUUCUGCAAGCUCACAUACCAAGGACGACUCAAUGGAGAUUGCAGUGGGGUUCCUUACGGGCUCACAGGUCUGCCCACAAAUCUGAGCCUGCAGGAUUGGGACCUCAGAUGAUGAUUUUUUCUCUUUUGCUGUUUGCGGAUUUCUAAGAGCAGCUAUUGACUUCAUCAAAUUCAAUGGUUAUUCAAAAUUAUUUACUAAGAAAUUUCAGCAGUCUGGGGAUUAUCCCCUCGCAGAGCAGUUGGCUCCAAGUAUUUGCGAUUGAUCACUAGCCAUUUGUUCAAAGUAUGUGCUAAAAGCUGGCUAGUUUUGGGUAGACAUGCGUAAGUCUUUUGACUCAAAACUCGAUUCCAAUACUUGUGUUUAAAAAUUCAGAAUUUGCUUUCUGUGAGCAUUUCCCGUAUUUGGUUACAAGUAGCUUUUUCCUCAAAUGUCCCUGCCAAUAAACUCUUUACCUAGAUUUGUAAGGGGGAAGAGAGCCAGAUUCAGACUCGGUCUAAACUCGGUCUGCAAGUUCUGGUUUUGAUAUGACCCAGGGCUGGGUGCACAGUGCUUUCGUUACGAUUCUGUCCAUCAUUGUGGCUAAUGAGUUUUACAGCCAAAGCCCUUUUAAUUGAUUUAGGAAUCCACAACUAAAUAUAUAGGAUUUUUGUAUAAAACCAGCUCUUUACCACAUACUUAAGGAGAUUAAAGCAAUUGCAUUCUCCUUAAAAAGUGCUUCCAUCGAUGAAAGAUGUCUCAAUAUUAACCUAUAUUGGGCUCUACUUAGAGAACCUGUUUUUGUAAAUCACCCUGACUCUUACCUGCAGUAUUAGCCUCUCUAACUUUAGGGCACCAGUCACAGAGUUCAUACACCACCAAGUACAGAAAUUCAACAUUUGUCUAACUCUCCAAAUUGCUGUUUUAAACGUGUGCUUUGCUGGACAGGGACUAGAAUGCUCAUUGCUUUGCAGGAUCCAGUCUGAAUGAAAUUCAGUCCUUUGAAAUUGGGCUUUUAUAGGACUUAAGGGGCUGGCUUUCUGCACUUUUCUUAUGGAUGCACAGGGGAAAAAAGAGUCCACAAAAGAACAAAGAGCUUCUAACUCCAAAAAGUGAUUUAUUCCAGUUGUACCUACCAGAAGAUUUGAAAGCUGAACUAAGGGCCUGAGUAGCAAUUAUAAGGUUCCAUAGUUAGUUAACUUCCUUUUACCUCACUACUUAGAAGCAACUAUUUCUUGUAAUUUCAUUUAAGAUAUGCGGGAAGAAGAAGGAUAAUAUUUGUUAACAGAGUAGCCAAUAUCGCAGGCUCUUGCAAAAGUGAGAUGAAACUGGCUCUGUUUUAGUUGGCUUUUAUCUUUAGUUUUAUAUAGUCUUAUUUUUUUUAAAAAAAAGUUAACAUCCGUGAUGAUGUGCUGCAUAAAGCAUCUGGAGAUUUAUGAUUCUGAAAUCGUAUAUACACUGUAUCAUGUCAUUCAAAUAAGUUUUAUUGUACACGUGCCUUUUUCAAAUGCAUUUUGAAAGCUGCUGUUUCACAUCAUAGCCUUUCACAAUGCAUUUAAAAGAAACACUAAUGUUACGGAGUGGGACAGAGGAAGCUGGGGUUUCCCCUUGAGUAGGAAAAUCCCUGAGUGGUGUAGCUGGCUCUACGCUACCUGGUCUUGGGAAAGGGAAGGGAAAUGUCCAGGGCACAGUGUGCUCCAGCAAUCCCCAGCUGGCAGGCAGCACUUUUUGGGGCCAUGGAUAAUGGCCAUAGUUUAGAAACAGGUUUCAGAGUAACAGCCGUGUUAGUCUGUAUUCGUAAAAAGAAAAGGAGUACUUGUGGCACCUUAGAGACUAACCAGUUUAUUUGAGCAUGAGCUUUCGUGAGCUACAGCUCACUUCAUCCGAUGAAGUGAGCUGUAGCUCACGAAAGCUCAUGCUCAAAUAAACUGGUUAGUCUCUAAGGUGCCACAAGUACUCCUUUUCAGUUUAGAAACAGUUUCUAACGCUGCUCUAAACAAUGCCAGGGGCUGAAAAGGUUCCCGCCUGCCCCUUGAACUUAAGGAGUUUGGGGCAGAAAGUUGGUGUAAUACCGCCUGCCUCCUUUCUCUGCACCCCAUUGCACCAAGGCUGCAAACUUGAGAAUCUAACGCUCUGUGUGUUUCAGUGCUAUAUCGCACAGCAUCAAACAGCAUGAUGGAAUGAGAAUAUACUUUAAAGUAGUGUAUCAUUGCAAAAGUUUGCUUAGCUUAAAAAAAAUAAUAAUACAAAAAAAAGGAGGGUGGAAGCUUGAAGACUACGGUACCACUGCUAUGCCGAUUGUUCAGAUAAGAUGAGAGAGUAAAACAAACAAAACUCAUCUGUGAAAGGCAUUAGGGAGUGUGAUUUGUUUCUCAAGCCAGGCGGAGGUGUGUGUCAUAUUAGGGGUUUCAGAGUAGCAGCCAUGUUAGUCUGUAUUCUCAAAAAGAAAAGGAGUACUUGUGGCACCUUAGAGACUAACCAAUUUCGUGAGCUGUAGCUCACGAAAACUUAUGCUCAAAUAAAUUGGUUAGUCUCUAAGGUGCCACAAGUACUCCUUUUCAUAUUAGGGGUUGUAUUAGCAGAAUACUUUGGUGAAAAAAUCAGUAUUUUUUGGUACUUGCCUUAUGGGACCGGUGACCUAGUUUUUGACCCAUUCCUGCCACUUUCCCAACAGUUUACCCUGCAUUGCUCUAGGGUUGGAUUCUAGUCCCAGCACACAGCCUGAAUAACUGAAGUGUGCCACAGAGGUCAGUAGGGCAGCAGUCCUUCCAUCACACCAUAGGGCUUUCCAUAGCUGCGAUGGUAGCCUCAGGGAUCUGCAGCCCCCACGUACCACCCCCCCCCCCCCCCCGAAGGGCUGGCAGUUCCCAUUGGAAACAUGUAGACACCGAUCUGCUGAUCUACCCUGGCUCUGCCCCAAAUCUCUCUGUGUGCUGGGACAUAAGCAGGCCCCACACAGAAUAAACACAGAGGUUCCCCUGUGGUCAAGACCCUCCAUGCUCACAGUGGCUGGGUGGGAGAUAAAUAAAAGAGUUUGCCCCAUAUAGCAAAUAUUUGACCUCUCCUGGAAUGUAAAGUUAGAGCCCUUACAUCCCAUCAGGAACUUUCCUGUAGUACUGUAUAAAAAGAAUAUCACUUGGUGUUGUCUGAGCUUCAUGCAGAACUUACAUGAUGCAUUCCUGGGAGGGUAUGAUUUAUUUUCCAAUAUUAAACUAUGACACUUAAACUAUGAAACGAGCACAAUAGGCUCAUGAGGUGGUAAUAUGCUAACUUUCCUCCACGCCGGGUUAUUAACACUAGGCCAGUGUAACAAUAAAAUGAUACCUCUAUAAAUGGGUAAAUUGCUAAACCUUUCACUUGGUAUUCAUGGAAACAUGUGUUCCUACCUCCAACAAUUCACUCGCAGUCUUACGAGGGUGGAGAGAAGUAAUCUCACACAGGCAUUCCAAUGGGAAUAAAUUCAUCACCCUCUAUCCUUAUAUGGGAUCUUUUCCCUUUCAUACAUACCGUAGAACCUAGCUAAUCUGCAUACAAAAAGACUCUCUCUCUCUCGCUCAACAAAAAUGUAACAGUAGGUUGCUGCAGUGAAGUCUAUCAUUACUCAAGCCUUCAAUAUUUUUACAAAAAAAUACUAUGCUGUAUUUACUAGCACGUUCUGAAAUAUUAUGAAGUCCAAGUGAAUGACAGCUGUCAAGUUAAAUGCUCAAAGCAUGUUCUGAGGUGCUUUGGCUCUUUUUUUUUUUUUUUUUUUAUAUCGCUCACUUAGGGCCUAAUCCAAAACUCACUGGGUAUGUCUACACUGCAAUGUAAGCCCUGGGUUAGUAGAACUCGAGUUAGCAGACUCUGGGUUUGUUAACCUAGGGCUUGAGUGUCUACAAGCAUUUGUAACACCAAGUUAGACAUGCGGCUCCAGAAUCUACAUUGCAUUAUGCAGCCUCAUGUCCAACCACCGAUAUUCCAGACUGGAGGCAUCCUCCCAAAUUGUGGCUGCUGUACCACUUUGUUCAUGGUGCAGUGUGGAAAAACUUGACUUUCUACCAGACUUGACUGGCCAAAGGACAAAGAAAGUUGGCCCAUGGGAUUGUGGAAUAUUUUGGCAUACUCUCAGAGCAUGAGUCCAAUGGAACUGCAUCUACACUACAAGGCAAUAGGGCUUGAAGCCUGUUGAUUCAGGCUUGGACCCUCCACCCCCACAGGCUUCUAGGACCCUGAGUUUCAGCCCAGGGUUUGCACAGUUUGUAUGUAGACAAGAGUGGGGGGUAGGCUUGAGCCUGAGUUCAAACCCUGGGUUCACACUGCAUUGUGGACAUACCCGUUGAAGACAAUUGAAAGGACUCCUUUUGACUCCAAUGGGCUUUGGAUGAAGCCCAUAUGCCUCAGUCCAACAAAACAUUUCAUCACAUGCUUAACUUGAAGCACCUGAGCAGUCCCACUCAAGUCAAUAGGCCUACUGGUUAAGGACUAAAGUUAAGCAUGUGCUUAAUUUCUUUUAUUGGAUGAGAGCCUUAUUUGCUAACUUGUAAAGUUCAAUCUCUCUCGUUGGGCCUCAGUCACUAGUACAAAUUAGUGAGGUUCUACGGUAAAUAUGUAUUCAUUUAAAUUUGUGUCCUAGACUUCACCCCAUCCAUGAAUGACUAGUAGGCGGUACUUUUCAUUGUGAAUCAAAUGGAAAAUAUGUAGGCCCAAUGCAAAAGCAGAAUCGAGAGCAUGACUCCAUAGUGGGAACUAAGGAGCAGGGAAUUGGGCCAUUUAGUUUUUACCUCAAGUGACAUAGAGUAAGAAAAGCUUUGUGAAGGGGCAGAGAUUACUGAAUCCCCUACUAUGCACUUACUGAGAUUUGACAUUACUUACUGGAAAUGGAUGUUCAUUUCUGAACACACUGUAACAAGGGAAGGACUUUGGGUUAUUUUUGUAGUAGUUCAAACUUCUGAAACUGUGAUCAAUUAUUUGACUAAUUGUCAAGCAUUCUCAGAGCUUGAACAUCUUCAUUUCCUGUUUCAUGUAGCAAAGUUUUUUCUUUAUUGCUUUCUCUUCCCCUCCUCCUUCUCUUAGCUUAAAGACUGGGCCAGCUCUUAUCUCCCAUUGCUUUGGCCCAUCUAGUUUAUUAUUAUUUUUUCUGUUUGUUCGUUGGCUGUACAGGCUGUUUACAUAUUUUUGUACUCAAGGGUAGUUUUAUAUUAAAAACAGAGGGGAAAAAAAGAAAAUAUUUGAUUUGAGAAAAAAUAUUAAGGUACAUAAUCUUUGUAACACUGUCAAAACUAGGGUACCUAAAGAGAUGACUCCACACCUAUGUACUUGUAAUACUGUAUAUUUGCCUUCCUUUUUAGUCAGUUUUAUUUUCGGGUUGUAAUUUUUUCCUCUAAAAUGUAUAUCUUUUUAUGUGAGACUGGAAACUUUUAAUGCAAAUGUUUGGAAAGAUUUAAAAUUGUAAAGUAAAAAGUCAUAUAACUUUUUUUUUUCCUUUUGGAAAAAAAUGCUUUAAAAGAAGUUUUGCUACUGUUGUAUUCCAGGGUUGAGGUCACUGACCACAAAAUUGCUCUUGAUGCUUCAUUCUUAGACCUUGCUUUCAGAACGUGCUUCUUGCAAACAUGGAAGAUUGCUUAUAUUACUCAGUUUAAAAAAAAAAAAAAAAAGACAAACAAAAACUUUUGGUUAUUUUUCUGUUCAAGUGCAAUAUUUUCCUGACGUCUUAAAAAUGUACAGUAGUUUCUUUUUCUUUCCUCAGUCAACACAAAUUAAAAAAACCAAAAUGCUCUAUCUUAAAUCCCUUAAAGGAUAAGAUUCAAAUAUUUAUAUACGUUAAAAUUGCAAAGCAGACUGACAAAAGGUGAGAAACUAAAAGCUAAGGCUAAAACCGAUUUUUUUAUUCCCUGCUUUUGUUUGACAUCAAAACAUAUACAAUGGUUUGAACUAAGGACAGACAUUUUAUUGCCUCUGUUUCUCUUGUUCCUUUUUAAAUACAGUUUUUCUUAAGAAAAGCACUUAACCUGGACAUUUAUAAAACACGUGGGGCCUGAUCCCAAGCCUACUCAGUAGAAAGACUCCUAUUGACUUUCAUGAUGGGCUUUGGAUCAGACCCUAACCUCUUAGCUAAGGCAAAACUCCCACUGAUUCCAGUGGGCGUUUUGCCUGUAUAAGAAGUGCAGGACUUGAGACCAGAAGAGCUUCUUUAGAGCUGAAGUUGUCUUAUAUAAGUGUAGAUGGGGCUUGUUUUACAUAUCAUACAUAUUUAUAUCUAAUUUUUAAAUGUCUAUUUCCCAGUAGACUGAAGCCGCUGUUGUGUAAAUAUGUAUUUAGGUACUAAAUAAAAAAUCCCUCUGAGAGUUCUUGGACAGGCAGUUACAGUGCAUGCACAGGAGCCACUUUUGUCUUUUCAAUUUGUAUUUAAGAUGUUUCCUUAUAAUAAUAGCAAGGGCAAUCAGAGUUUAUCAUGCUCCAACCGAUUGUCAAAACUAUUUCCAAGACGCUUUUGAAUUAAAAGAAGCAAAACACGUUCAACCUCGUGAGCUCCACAGGUUAUUUUUCAUGCUCGUAGGGCCAAAUUCUGCUACUGAAGGCAUUUUGAAUAGCCCCUUACUCCACGAGGGUCUUGUUAAAGUCAAUGGGAUCAUUCUUGGAGCAAGAAGCUGCUGAGCAUGAGGAGGAGUGUCAGAAUCUAACCCUGAAGCUUGGUGCAUAUGAAUGCACCUUUAAUCACUUCUGUGGAGUUCUACCCUGCUUACCCUAGGGCUGAAUUUGACAUCUGUCAUUUAGGAAGAGGCAAACCAAUUGAGUAGUAUGGCAAACAGCUUUCCUCCAGGUUGAGUUCCAAUUCUGUGCAGAAGUUUAAGCUCGUUUAAACCUCUAAACAUCAGGGUUGAGGCCUGAUUCAAAGUCAUUGUGAAUCUUCCUGCUGCCUUCAGUGGACUUGGGAAUAUGCCCUUAUGACAGAAGUUCUGAAACAACCCUUACAACAGUGGUACCCGUGAGCCACUCUAAUGCAAAUCUAUACACCCCUGCUAAACAGUUUUGCCACUGCAGACUGAAAUAUGGGACUUGUAUUUUCUUUUCCUUCCCUUUAGCGUAUGUGCAUAAUAUGGUUCCAUCAUACCUGUGUGUGUGUAUACUGUGUAUGUGUGUGAGUGUUGUACAGCAAUGUGAGAGUGCGAGUCUGUAUGUGUGUAUAAAUACAAGAAGAAGCUGCAGAAACUUUGUAAUACUUUGUGAAAAGGAUUAUAUUAUAAAGGUUUGUACUGUCUGAGUGCACAGCUACUGGAAUAAACGUAGGGAAUCUCAGGAACAAGCAUAUAAUUUGUCCAAGACUUAUUUCUUCUCAGAAGUGUAAGUGCAGUUUUUAAUUCUGUAUAUUAUUUAAUAUUUUACCAAUAAAAAUAAACUUCUGACAUGAAA